AUGGCGGCAGUGCAGCCAGAACAGAAUCAGCGGACGAGGGCGGGAGAUGACGACGUCGCUGUGGUCACCAAACAGUGGGCACAAUGGUCGUUAGAGGAGGAAGAAACGGCUUUUGCGCCGGUCGGGGACGAAGGGCAGGCCGAGGAGGGUGUGGAGGAGACGUGGAAGGUUGUAGGGAGGUUCCUAACUCAGAGGAUGGUGAAGCUAGAGUUUAUGCGUCAGGUUUUAGCUUCCGUUUGGCAACCGGUCAGAGGGGUUCAGGUUACGGAGAUCCAAAGGGGUGUGUUCUUGUUCGUUUUCUUUCAUAGAACGGACGUGGAUUAUGUCUUGGAUGGAGGACCCUGGGCUUUUGAAAAUAACGCUUUGGUUUACAGGGAGUUACCGCCGAAUACUUCCCCCGGGGAGGUUCUGUUAAACACAAUUGAUAUGUGGGUACAGUUACACGACAUGCCGUUAGGAUAUACAUCUCAGACGGUGUUAGAGCAAGCUGGAAAUUUCAUUGGCACCUUUGUGAAACAUGAUGAUCGAUUUGAAGGGGCCCCGUGGUUGACUUUCCACCGAAUUAGGGUUUCUAUUCCGGUGGAUAAACCGUUACGACGACGAAUGAAGCUGCUGAAAAGGGAUAAAACCACGGCUUGGGUAACGUUUCGUUAUGAACGGUUACACAGGUUCUGUUUUUACUGUGGAUUAAUGGGACACCUAUACACUUUUUGCAUUAGGGCGCGAGACUCUGGCAUCCCAUUGGAGCGGUACCCGUAUGGUCCGGAUAUGCGAGCUGGUGGAUCCCGGAGCGCUCCUAGAGCGGUUGGGGAUAGCUGGCUUGUGCUGGUUGGCGGGAGACCACGUCUGAUAGAGAUGGGGAGCGGGGUGACAGGGGUGGUAGCUACACGGCCGAGUUGCGCUGUACCUGUACGGGGCGGGAUGGAUGCCGAAGAACAGGUGGAAGCCACCGGGAAAAGGCGUAGGCAGACCGAGAGUGGAGGAAGGGGUACGGAGUUUGAGGGGGAGGAUGUGGUUAUGCAAGAGGGUUCAAAAAACUUGUCCAUGGCGGGAGCUGUUGCACAGCCCCGCCCGUCCUCAUGA